UUUCCUGUAUGGCAGGGGAGAGAUCUUGAGUGUGUGUUUUGUAUGUUGCUGUUCCGGGCAGUCAGCUCUCUCUCUCUCUCUCUCUGUGUGUGUGCACCACCACCCCCAACUACUCCCCAUCCUCCUCCUCCUCUCCCCUCCCUCUCUUUCUCUCUCCCCCUCCCUCCCUCCCUCUCUUUCUCUCUCCCUCCCUCCCUCUCUCUCAGCUGUUCUCCCUCCCUCCUUCCUCUGGCAAAAUUCACUUCCGUCACAUCAUGGCGACACGGAUUGUACAGGAGGCGAGCAGACUGGAUUUAACAGCUGAGGACAGAGAGUUUAGAAGCGAAACCAUGGAAACCCAGGAGGUUUGUGGACUGCAUGUGGCUUCCAGAGGUUUGUUGGUUGGUGGUGCCUGCACUGACUCUGCUUCUGUCCUUCAGCCAGUGGACGCCACUGCUGAAAUAAUUGGGAAUGCGUGCAACUUGCAUCCAGCCUGCUACACCCGAGAGAGUGGGCUGCUGUCUGUUGAGUCCACGUGUGUAAUGUUGGAAACGAGAGGAGAGAUUCCUGGCAGCGAGGAUAUGCGAAUGGACCCUGCCGGGGGAGAGCACCAUCUGCUUCUGGAUAAAAACAAAGAAAAGGCCCUGGGGAAAGAAGUGAUGUUGCUGAUGCAAGCAUUGAACACGCUGAGCACUCCAGAAGAGAAACUGGCAGCUUUAUGCAAGAAGUAUGCAGAUUUGUUGGAAGAGAAUCGAAGCGUCCAGAAACAAAUAAAACUGCUUCAGAAGAAACAGGCACAGGUGGUGAAGGAGAAAGUUCACCUGCAGAGUGAGCACAGCAAGGCCAUUCUGGCUCGCAGUAAACUGGAGAGCCUUUGCCGUGAGCUUCAGCGUCAUAAUAAAACAUUAAAGGAGGAAAACAUGCAGCGAGCUCGGGAGGAAGAAGAGCGUCGCAAGGAAGUGACAGCGCAUUUUCAGAUGACCCUCAAUGAAAUUCAGGCCCAGAUGGAUCAGCACAACCUACACAACACUAAGUUGCGACAGGAAAACAUUGAACUUGCUGAGCAACUGAAGAAACUAAUAGAACAGUAUGAGCUGCGAGAAGAGCACAUUGACAAGGUGUUCAAGCACAAGGAGUUGCAACAGCAGUUGGUUGAUGCCAAACUUCAGCGAACGACAGAGAUUAUGAAAGAGGUGGAUGAGGAACAUCACAGAGAAAGGGAGUUUCUGCUAAAGGAAGCUACUGAAUUGAGGCACAAAUGUGAACUCAUGAAGCAGCAGGAGGCACAGCUGAAACAGCAGCUUUCCCUCUAUAUGGAUAAGUUUGAAGAAUUCCAGAGCACACUGGCAAAGAGCAAUGAAGUUUUUACAACGUUCAGGCAAGAAAUGGAGAAGAUGACGAAGAAGAUCAAGAAGCUGGAAAAAGAAACUACAGUAUGGCGUACUAAGUGGGAAAACAAUAACAAAGCACUCUUACAAAUGGCCGAAGAGAAAACGCUUCGAGAUAAGGAAUACAAGGGUCUACAAGUGAAACUGGAGCGGUUGGAAAAGCUUUGCAGGGCCCUGCAGACAGAGAGAAAUGACCUGAAUAAAAAAGUGCAGCUUCUUCAGUGUCAGCUUUCAGGAAAUGAUGGGUCUUUAGACCUGACAGAAGAGGAAUACCGGGCAUGCAAGACCCCAGAUCCUUUAGAAUUGGCUGAGGUGAACACUUCAAGUCAGGAGGAAGGAGGAAGGCAGUCUCAUGCUACAGCUAUUUUAGAUCAAGAGUGUUCAACUGGAGAUCUAGAAAAUGCUGUUGCGGCUUCAGGCAUUGAUUCUGUUGACUAAGAUUAUCUGUUUUAAAGAAGAAUUGUGUGGAGUUAUAUAUUUUUGUGUAAUUAUUGUUUGACUUGUUCUUGGUAAUUAUUGGCUUUGUGGUGAGAAUUUCUUACACAUUUUUCUACCAUAUCUGUAUUUUCUUAGGGGAAAAAGGAAUUUAUGUGGUUCAAGUAGCUGUAUGGUGGGUCAAGUUAGUCUACUUUAUAAAUUUUCAUAACUGAUUAUAUUUGUUUCAUCCUUUUUAAAAUGGAAUUUUUUGA